CGCCAUGUCUACAGUCAGCUGCCAUGUACCGAAAAAUGAGCGCCUGGCACGUCGGGUUCCAGCGUAUGCAACGGAUGACUCGGGAGAAGCGACCGAACAGUCCUGGCACCAGGAGUUCCGGGGCACUACCGAUGUCCUAUACAUCUCCCUGCAGAACUAUAUUCGUCGAAAAACGCCGUGGCCAUACGCCCGCUGCGCUACCUUUACCCAGUCUUCGGGCUCUGGGAAGUCACGAAUGAACGACGAGCUCGCCAAGAAGGUCCUGUAUAUUCCCGUUAAUCUAGGGCCUGUGGGCAGAGACGUUUACAUACCCUCCAGCGGAUUUCGAAGCUUACGCUGGUUCGACAAUUACUAUGACGCCCACACCCCGGAAAGCUGCUCGCACCGCGUGCAGGCAAGAUACUGGGACGGCGGGUUCCAAUGUACUACCAUGGAGGAUGUCAUGGAGCGCGUGUCGCGAUUGGCGAGUGCGUUCCGGAUGAGGAUGAACGACGGGAUGCUGUUUGGUCAGCAUGGCAAGUACCGCGUGAACUUUUAUCAGGCCGUGGCGGAGAGAGCCAACAAUAAUGCAAGACAUGCCGUGUGGACUAGCGCACGGGGGCUGAUCGAUUUCCUAGACCCUAACAAGACUUGCAGUGACGAGCCGCUUGUGAUACUAUGCUUCGACGAGUAUCAUAUGCUCACCAAGCCUCUGGCAGCUUCCUACAACUGGUCGACAUUCACGGUGCUGCGGGACGUCCUCCACACGAUUGUUGACCUCCCAAUCUUUACUCUCUUUGUGUCUACUGUCAGCAAUGUGGAACAUCCACUCACCCAGCAGCCGCUGUUCCCACCCAUCGUCUUGACCCCUUUCGACGUCUUCAUGGAACGCUUGCCCCGGUCGGAUUGGACCCUAAAGCGAGUCGCGUCCACACAGUACAUGGUGCACUUGGGCCGACCAAUGUUCGCGGCGAUGUACGACGCGGGUGGAGGGACAUACCGGCAAAACAUCAUUCGCUUCGCGAUGAUCAAGCUCCUGCGCUCGCAAAGAUGGCCCGAGCGUCUUUCGCGAGGAGAAACGGUCGCCGCUGCCCUGCUGCUUGAUGCCCGCGAUCGUGCGACUACAUUUCCUCUCGCCGCCGACGAACCGCUGCCUGGGACCGACGACAUCGGGGACGACCACGAUCUCAUGUACGACGGUGCUCAGAAGCGUCGGAUCGUCACUGUAUCGCAAUUCCUGAGGGCGCUCCUAGCGAAGCCUUGCCACGAUAUCCUUCCGGCCGAAUAUGACAGGCCCGGGAGCGCGGACGCGAAAAGCGUCGACGUGAUAAACCAGACUUUCUUCAGACUCGCCAUGUCACGCGGAGCGGCCUACAUCUGCCCGGACAGCCACGACGGCUUCUCCAUCGCCAUCCCAGUUCUGUUCGGCACUGUGCUGGUGCCAGAGAAGGUGUCCGCUAUCUUGGUUCAGGUGGUGAACCACGAGCAGUUCACGACGAAGGACCCGCCUCCGGUCAUACGCAUGGUCUUUGCGCUUGCGUCGCCCGAGUCGUCGGUGACGAUUCCCUCGCAACGGCCUACCCCCAACACAGGCGAAGGCGGAUACACGCGUACGACAUCUGUCUCACUGCGCUACUCGAGAAAAAGGCCUCACUUUGACAAGAUACUCAUCGCGAAUAGAGGAGAGAUCGCAUGCCGUGUCAUUCGCACCGCAAAGAAGCUGGACAUACGCAGCGUAGCCGUGUACAGCGAGGCGGACGCAGAUGCGUUGCAUGUCAAGAUGGCUGACGAGGCGUACUGCAUCGGGCCUGCAGCGUCCUCGGAGAGCUACCUUCGCAUAGACAAGAUUAUCGAUGUGUGUCGCAAAAGCGGCGCCCAGGGUGUUCAUCCGGGCUACGGCUUUCUGAGCGAAAAUGCCGACUUCGCCCAACAACUCGCACAAGCCGGGAUCGUGUUCAUCGGGCCACCUGCUUCUGCCAUCGUGAGCAUGGGCUCCAAGAGGCACGCUUCUCCAUCAACAUUCUAUACCGCCACACUCUUACAUAUCAACACGGGCAGUGAGUCCAAGACGAUCAUGGCCAACGCGGGGGUCCCUGUCGUACCAGGUUACCACGGCUCAAACCAGGACCCAGCCUUCCUCGCCGACCAGGCGUCUCAAAUCGGCUACCCCGUCCUCAUCAAGGCCGUCCACGGCGGGGGCGGCAAGGGCAUGCGCACCGUGCACGUCCCCGCAGAUUUCGCCGACGCUCUGGCGUCCGCUCAGCGCGAGGCGAGCAAGGCGUUCGGCCGCACGGAGGUCCUCGUCGAGAAGUGGAUCGAGCGCCCGCGGCAUGUCGAGGUUCAGGUUUUGCUGACCAACAAGGCGAAGAUCAUUGAGGAGGCACCUGCACCAGGUUUGUCACCAGAACUGAGGGCGGACUUGAGCACGAAGGCGAUCGCGGCUGCGAAGGCCGUCAAUUACGUCGGCGCGGGAACGGUCGAGUUCAUCUUCGACAACGACACUGAGCGUUUCUAUUUCAUGGAAAUGAACACCCGGUUGCAGGUCGAGCACCCUGUCACGGAGAUGAUCACUGGCCUUGACCUCGUCGAGUGGCAGCUUGAGGUAGCAGCCGGCAACCCCCUGCCCCUUACACAAGCUGCCAUCCCGCUCGUCGGGCACGCCUUCGAAGCGCGUAUCUACGCCGAGAACCCGCGCAACGGCUUCCUCCCCGACUCGGGCCGACUCCUCUACCUCUCAACCCCUGCCCCCACGACCAUCUUCGCCCCUGCCGUCGCCCCGCGUGCGCCCGCCGACCCCGACGCCGCGCUCACUCCGCUGCUCUCGGCAGAGGCGACCCUCCACGUGAAGCCCUCCGUCCGCCUGGAGCAGGGCUUCCCCGAGGGCGCGGACAUCGGGAUGUUCUAUGACCCGAUGAUCGCGAAGCUCGUCGUGCACGCGCGCGAUCGUCCGGAAGCGUUGCGCGUCCUGCGGGCGGCACUGGAGGAGUAUCGCGUCGCAGGUCUGAGCACGAACGUCGCGUUCCUGCGGCAGCUCGCGGGAACGAGAACUUCAUCCGCGGGGAGGUCGAAACGGGGUUCAUACAGAAACACUUUGAUGAGCUCUUCCCAAAGGUAGAAGAGCCGAGUGCGGAAGUGCUCGCGCAAGCUGCGCUCUUCGUCGUCCUAUUUGACUUGCCCUCGGGGGCAUCGUCCGCGACGCCGUGGGCAACUAUGGGCGCGCGUCGCUUUGGCGGCGACCUUUCCGAGCGAGUAGUAACUCUUCACAGUCACAACGAAGCCAACACCAACGCUGCAGAGCCCACCGCCAUCACAGUGCACGUCCAGACCCUGCCCAGUGGGCACUUCAACGUGACCGUCCACACCCCGAUAGACACGCACGCCUUCGCGCACGUCUCCGCCCGCCUCACUGAGCACGGCAGGGCGGUCGAGAGCACGCUCGAUGGCGCGAAGACGCGGACGACCGUCGUCCGCCAGCGCGCGCCCGCAGCGGC